AUGCGGAGCAGGUUCCUGGGCCAUCGCCACCGCGAGCCGGCCAGAAACUGGAUUCCCACGGUGGGCGUGUGGGGCGCCAUGGGCGCCGUGGGACUGGUGUGGGCCACCGGCUGGCGGCUGAUUCUGGACUGGGUGCCCUACAACAAUGGCAAGUUUAAGAGGGACAAUUCAUUAAACCGACGCCCCGCAGACGCCUCUGGAAUCUGGUGGUGCUGCCUACUUCCAUCCACAUCUGAAACAGCCCAUGCUCUUGGGAUGGAGCUCGAGGAAAUACACAGUUAG